AUGGGAGUACUGAACCCUAACCUCGAUGCUCUUGAGGAGCAGCGCCUCGCGCUCGAAGAAAACAUCCUCCAACUUCAGAAAUCGCUUUACCACUGGCGAACCUGGGAAGCGGAAUACGAUGGACUCCGCGAGGAAAUCAGCAACCUAGAAGAUGAUGCUGGUACAGACGAGUUCCUUGCCGCGGCCCUGGAAUUUGGCGGCACGCUGGUGGAUCAGAAGGAAAUGCGGACAAUACUUGGUUCGCAAGGUGUGAGGCGGUCUCGCGGGCAAGUGGUUGAUCUUCUUGGAAGACGCAUCGACUACGUGCAGCAGAACGUUGCGACUAUGGAGAAGAGGCUCUUGAAGGCCCAAUAUGAGCUGGACGCUUUGGUCUCGAAUGACCAGCCACUGCUGCAGGAUGGUGUGGAGUUCCCGAUGCAGGAGAUUAUGGAAGAGCUUGAUGAGGAUGGGAACGUCGUCUCGAGCAAGAUCAACACGCCCGGGAAUGACGCUUCGGAAUUGCUAGAUGUGCUGAAGAAGGCUGGUGUCAAGGAUAUUCCGGAAACGAGUGGGCCGGAAAAGACUGCUGAAACUCCUGUCGAUACUACACUUGAAAGCGUGGUGGGUAAUCCGGUCAGCUCGAAGGCUGAAAUUCAUGAGAACGAUUCCUCAAGCGGCGAUGAUACAAGCAUUCAGCCAAACGGCGCAUCUUUGAAAUUCUUUCAACCCCAGUCUGUCGUGACUGCCGAAGAUCGCAUGCAGCCGCCUGUGACGGACGUGAAUGAAUCUGCGGAAGAAGCAAGACUUCGCCGCGAAAUGCUCGAUUAUGGGAUCAACGAGGUGGGGGCUAUUGUGGCAGAGUUGGAAAUGGAUGAGUCCGGAAGCGACAUCUCCUUUGAUGAGGAAUACGAUUACGACUACGACGAGGAAGAUAACGAAGACGAACACGGCCGCUCUCACACCCGCCUUCCGGCAGAAUACCACCAGCAGAUGAUGGAAUUAGAGGCCAAGCUCAAUGCCCGAGGCCUGAUGAACAUGGGCAAGGAUAUCGAGACGUUCCCCGAGGAAGUGCAGCACGAGAUCGCGACACCUGCUGAGGUUGAAACAUCCAUCAAAGAGAACAAGAAGCCUAAGAAACGGGUUGCAUUCGCUGAUGACCUUGAUAUCGCACCGGUUCCCACACCCCCAACCAUCGCCGAGAGAACUUCUGCUGUACGGGCCGAGCCUCAGGUGCUCGCUGAUUCCAUUGUUGAACGGACUAACCGGGCCCCGGAGCCCUCUCCAGCCACCCCCACUGUUCCUAAAAAGGCGUCGCGGUUCAGAAGUGCUCGGGCCGCUGCUCCAGCUAGUCCUGCUAAUGGGUCUGUUACUACUGGGGCUACAACCGUAAAUCCCGUACAAGUCACCGAAUCCCGCCUUCGCAAACAAGCCAAUACAACUCCAUCCGCGGUGCCGCCUGUUCUCUUCCCCGCGAGACCAAAAGAGCCCAGACCCUUCUCCGCACCGAUCUCCGAUGUAAUCGAGAAACCUUCUCCGCCUCAAUUCCCACAUGACCGAACUCUAGCCGAAAAGGUCUUUGAGCGACAGGUAAAAACAGGGGCCGCAGUGGCUCCUGAAUUGGAUCACUAUGACGAGGAGCUUCACCAGAAGCAGAUCGCGUCGGAGUUCUUCAAUAUGCAAAGACGCAUCAACGGCGCGCCUAAAGACGACGAGGAACAGGAUACUUUGCCUCCUGAGGAAGAUCAACCUAAACGUGUGAGCAAGUUCAAAGCUUCACGAAUGGGAUAG